GAAAUACUUGGGAUUGCACCGAGAACACUCGUCGACUAAAAGGUCAAUCGGUUUUGAGCUCACUCUCAAACCUGCCUCGCGUUCCUAGUUUCAUCUCUUUUCCGACMAAGGAUUAACGUCCGAAAGGUCCUCGUGGCAGUUACGCGUAUUUCAGUAAGCAGUAAACAACUGGCUUUCAGCCAUACUGGUUAUUCUGGUUACGUUAAAAUGGUCCAGAUUUGUGGUCAUAACUGAACUGUUGUGUGGUUAGGUUACGCCGAUAAGCAGUGCACAAAAAUUACAGUAGUGACCCAGUAGGCCUCGAUCRAACUGGUAAGAAGAUUUAUUUUAAGAGUGCAAUAUUAGAUUUAAAGUGUGUACAUGCCCGGCUGCCGUGGCGUAAAUAGUGAAARUCCACAUGAACAAAUUCAAAAUUACUGAACUAAUAAAGUCACUUAGUCCUACCAUCAUGCGUUAGGUAUUCAGCGAUGAAAAUAUUGAUUUAGGCUUGACUACCAGGCUCGUAACUAUUUGAAACAAUAGAAAACUGUCGGGCAUACAUUCACAGCGUAGAUUGUCGUCUUAUAUAUUUCCAGUUAUAUAUAGGAAAAUGGAACGAAUAGGUGAGUGRAAAAAAAAAACUAAGAACAGGAUUUUCAAACCAGCGAAAUUAAUUAUAAAUUAUUGAAACCAAAAUGACCUGAUACUAAGUUAUGAUUGUGUUCAUGAUGUUGUGCGACUUGYACGCUUUUAAACAAGACCUAGUGCCAACUAUCCUUACGUUACAUUUAGAUAACUAAUGCCAUAAUAAACAUCUUUCGUGAUCGUAUUUUCGAAUUCUUCAAUCCUUGACUAAGCGCUGAUACAAUUAUCUUUUUGAAGUAAUAAAAACUUCAUGGAUAAUUGAGGGUAAAUGCUACGUAAAAGAUACAUAUUUCGACUCUGGAAUAUUAGUUAACUGCAUAACUUCGUAGUUACGUAUAAGUAAGGGACCAAUGUAGUGACUACUGGCAUCAAUGUCAACUUCUUGUACUUCCGCAGUGCUUGCUGUCAAUUUUUAGUUACUAUGGUUUCUACUGAAUUUAAAUUGGAAGUUGUAGCCAUAUUCUUACUCUCUACCCCCUUCAAAUCGCGUUUGUUAUUGUGUUUUCAGCGUUAAAAGCAACCGUUUCGAUUAUGUUCCAGGGCACGUGGCAAUGCUGAAGCAAUAUUAGCAUUGACCGAAAUUCAUAAGGGAUCUGGAAACGAGAAUACUCCAUUCAUCGCUAUUAAAUGCCUCCAUAGGAAAGAACAAAUUACCUACAGUUACCGAGACUGAUGACAGWGAUGAUUCGUUGGAUUUCUUUCUUGCAGUUGGUAUUUCUUUUAGAGUCAGAUGCAACACAGAACGUGACCCUUCAUGUUCACCUGCACAGCCUAAAGUCGCAACUGCAGAGAUCUCAAGGAACUGCAUCCCUUAUCAAUUACCAAACAAAGGAUACUGUAGACACAUAGUCAAAUGGCCAGUUAUGAGUGAUCGACAGCAGCAAAUAGAACAUGAUGGCAAUAUGGAAAGAUUUAAAUUUGCUGUAAAAGUGCUUGAAAACUAUCUGAAAUUCACAGGAGGAGGAAGUUUACGAAAAAGCUGCGAAACCUACAUAAAUGAAGUAUUUUGUCAUCAUUAUUACCCAAAAUGCGACUUCACAACAGCAAUGGUGAAAAAACAGCAAAUUUGCAGAAAAACGUGCGAGAAAAAGUUUAAGGUUUGCGACAGGGAAUUGCAAAUUGCAAAAGAAGUCAACAGAAGGAUCCAUGCAAUUAAUUAUCCAUUUGAAUGGGAUAUUCUGAACUGUACGAUUUUCCCUGCAAGAAAUGGUGGAGCGUCUCCAAAAUGUUACUAUCCCAGGCAUUUGAAUACUGAAACGGAUAAACUUCAAUCUUCAGAAUGUUUCUAUGGAAACGGACUUGGUUACCUUGGCAAUGUCAGUGUGACGAUUUCAGGUCACGUGUGUCAGGCGUGGUCAUCACAAUGUCCUCAUCGUCACGAUCAUCCAUUGGCUGAAUAUCCUGAACUGGUUAAUGCUUCCAAUUGGUGCCGCAAUCCAGGAGGACAGGCACCUAAUGGUCCUUGGUGUUAUACGUCCAAUAAAACCACACGCUGGGAGUACUGUGGAGUAAAAAAGUGUCCUCCACCAGCACCAAGUCUUGCUCCUUUGGUAACAGUAGCUUCCUCUGCUGGUCCUUACAAAAUAUUUCUUGAAUGGAAGCCCGUCCCUCUACCAUUCGUCCAUGGCACACCAUAUGGAUUCAGAAUCCAGUUCAAUAAAGUUGGUGAUCAAGAAGUAACUAUAAAUACCACGAGUCCUAACUCAACGUAUUUUGAAAUCCAAAAACUUCAGCCUUUAACCAACUAUAGCUUGUCCGUUUUGGAGUUUAAUGAAAAUGGMAAUGGUCCUUGGAGUACACCUGUGUAUGUCACGACCAUGCCUCGAAAUUUCGUUGCAAUCAAGUUGACGUUCAUCCUUAAAAAUCAGAGGUUUGACCGAGCUUUGGCUGAUAGAACUCGGUCUAGAUAUCAAAGGUUAGAGAAARGAAUAAAAGCUAAGAUAAAGAAGUUCCUUCAAAGUGCAAAACCUCAAGAAUACAAGAUAUUCAAGAUGAGCAUAGUUCGCUUUUUCAAGGGCAGUGUUGGUGUAGAACUAGACAUUACAGCUGAGUUGAUCAAUGCCACUGCUUGUAAAGCCACGCAAAGCAUCACUGGGAAGAUCAUGGAAGGAGCGAAAUCAAGCUUGAAUGGACCACUAGCUUUCACAUCACUUCGUGUACAAGCUCGUCCAUCACCCCCAGUCAACCUGACUCAAAGUCACGUGACUCUCACAUCCGCCACGAUUGGUUGGUCACCUCCUGCCUUUCACGAGCCAUACAAUAUCACUAACUACACUGUCCAGUACAAAAAAGAAGGCACCACAAUGCAGUACUACAGCGCUGCAUUUGUGGGCCAUGAAAAAAGAAAAGUCACUGUUGAAAAUUUAGACUCUAACACAAGAUACUUGAUGCGCGUUGUGUCAGUCAACGCAUAUGGACAACGGCCAAGUGAGGAUUUACUUGUACAAACUCAAGCGAGAGUAUCAGAAAAGGGUCCGUCUGUAGCUGCUAUUGCGUCACCUCUUGGUUUGAUGAGUGCUGUGUUAAUUAUUGUUGGAGUUCUAUUCUUAAGAUGGUGCCAUAAGAAGAAAAAYGAUGAAAUAAAGUUAAAAGAAAGAAUACAAAGGUUGAUGGAGAACCCGUACGACUCCGACGUAGACUGGUUUAAACUCUUCAAAAUCGAUGUGGUUAAGCCAUGGUGGGAGAUACCACGCGAUGAUCUGACGCUAGAGAAUCAGCUUGGUUCUGGAGCAUUUGGUGUCGUCUUGAAAGGAUUUCUUAAAAGAGAUGAAGAUGGAAAAGAUCACUGCAGAUACUGUGCUGUAAAAAUGCUGAAAGAAAAUCCAACAGAAGGAGAAGUGCGAGACCUAUGCAAAGAAAUCAAUAUUAUGUCAACCAUUGGCGACCAUCCCAACAUCGUGAGCAUUAUCGGAGCUUGCACAAUAAACGGUCCUCCAUUACUCGUCGUAAAGUUUGCACCAAAUGGUUGCCUCCUUGACUACCUCAAAGAAAACCGUCCAUUACCUGAUUAUGAAAACCAAAAGACAGASGUUAUUCGUAAAGUAAUCACUGAAAAGGAGCGACUGAAGUUUGCACACGAGAUCGCUCAAGGGAUGUCACAUCUUGAGAAACAUAGGUAUGUGCAUCGAGACCUGGCAGCCCGUAACAUUCUUCUUGGCAAAAACAUGGUUGCAAUGGUUGCAGAUUUUGGCUUGUCACGUGAUAUUUAUGAGCUUGGAGUGUAUGAGAAGACAACUGGRGGUAGAUUCCCUGUUCGWUGGAUGGCUCCAGAAUCUCUGCAAGAACUCAAAUACAGUACAGUAACUGAUGUAUGGUCUUAUGGCAUUCUGCUUUGGGAGAUGGAAACCGGAGGCCUGGUCCCAUAUGGUGGAGUCGGAUCAGGUCAAGAAAUCCUAGCACAACUAAAACAAGGUUACAGAUUGGAGAAACCCGGUAACACAUCACGAGAUUUGUAUGCUAUUAUGUGGAGAUGUUGGAACCCAGACCCAAAUCAAAGACCAACAUUCUUUGAUCUUGCAUACCAAGUUAAUGGCUUGCUGGCUGCAGCUAAGGGUGAUCAAGGCUACAAMWAUGAAGCUGUUGAGGAGGAUCAAAACGAUACUGGACAACUGGGAACUUCUGCUCCCAAAAAUACAUUGUAACGCUCCACAAUCACUUYCAAAAUAAGUAGGGCAUCAGAAAGAAAGUAGUAAGUGCCAGAGAAGGCUGCGUCUUUGCCAAAUCUUUUACUUUCGAAUUAGUAAUUUGGGUAUAUUACCUAAAAAGUGAUAAAACCCGUGGAAAGAACUUAAUUAUAUAUCCUUUUACAAAAAGAUGUUUAUUCUGUAUAGUGUUUUAUGACUGUAUUUUUGUAUAAUAUAUUGAUCAUAUUAUAUUGAUCUAGAAAUAAAGUUUAUAGUUUGGAUGAACAAAAGUUACUAAUAAUUGCUGUUUAUAUUCAUUGUUAUUUAUUCUUAUUCAAGUAGUAAAAUAAGAUGCUAAAUAUUCGCUUCCUGGCCUUUGUUGGAGUUUGAAAGCCAAGCGUCCAUUAAUAAAAGUUAGACAGCUAAUGCUACAUAUAUACAGAGAUUAUCAUAUCUCUCAAGGGAUCACGGGAAAUUAAAAUGCUGUUUAUUGA